AUGCCUCGUGACCCACUUAUAGGACUCGUCGGCAAGCCGAGCGCUGGCAAGUCCAGCAUGCUCAAUUCGUUGACGGAUGCAUCAUCCAAAGUCGGUUUGUACACGUCCUCAAGCUCCCCGCCGAAAGAGGAGCACUCGCUUACGCAACCUCUCGCCUGUAGGAAACUUUCCACGCUCAGAUUCACCACCAUCGAUCCUCAACGCGCGGUCGGUUACCUCCAGGUAGACUGUGCUUGUGCCCGGUACGGAAUCUCUGACCGCUGCAAACCGAACUACGGCUCCUGUCACGAUGGGCGCCGCUCUGUGCCGAUCGAGCUGCUUGACGUCGCCGGUCUUGUCCCAGGCGCACACCAAGGCCGCGGUCUCGGCAACAAGUUCCUAGACGAUCUGCGCCACGCGGAUGCACUGAUACACGUAGUGGACGUCAGUGGAACCACGGACGCCGAAGGCAAGAAUACGCGCGGCUACGAUCCCUCCGUUGACAUCGCAUGGCUGCGGUCUGAGAUCGUACAGUGGAUCAAGGGCAAUUUGAUGGAGCGGUGGGGGAGCAUCCGACGACGCCACGUGGCUACCAAAGCGGCAGCGGCCGACACGCUGCAGUCACAGCUGUCGGGCUACGGCAGCAGCCCAAAGUUGAUAGCACGCACGCUGGACCGGCUGGCUCUGCGCGAACCGUUAGAGGAGUGGGACAACGCAACCAUUGACCGCGUGGUCAACGCCUUUAUCGACGAAAAAUUUCCCACUGUAAUUGCGCUCAACAAGAUCGACCACCCCGAUGCGGACCGCAACAUUGCCAAGAUCACCAAGCUAAACGACCCCAACACCGUGGUGCUCUGCUCUGCCGUGUCCGAGAUCUUCCUCCGCAAGAUGGCCAAACAGGGGUACAUCCGCUACACCGAGGGCGGAGAAUUUCUGGAUACGCGCGAGGACUUGCUGGCCGAUGGCGACACCGAGGGUGCAGAGCAGCUCAAGGAAAUCGACGAGAAGAACUUGCGCCGUAUCAACAACCUGCGCGACAUGGUCAUCUACCGCUUUGGAUCUACGGGUGUCGUGCAAGCACUGACCAAAGCGGCUGAGGUGCUCGGACUCAUUCCCAUCUUCCCUGUGCGCAGUAUAUCGGCAUUGAAUACGGCCAGCGGGGCAGGAUCCACGGCGCCGGCAGAGGCCGCUAAGCCGGUGUUCCGCGACUGCGUGCUAGUUAAAAGAGGCAUCACGGUGGCCGAUGUCGCGCGGAAGGUCAUGGGCGACGCUCCGAUCGCGUUCGUGGAGGGUGCAGCUGGCACGCGUGUCGCUGAGGACGACACGGUGGAUGUGGGUAAAAACGACAUUUUGUCUUUCAAGGUUGGGCGAGCAUAA